UGUAGACACAAGCCAAAACGUGAGCUCCAGUCACGCACGAUACUUUCAAUCGUCAAAGUGUGCAAGCAAAGGUUAAUCUUGUUGUUGAGUAUAGUGCGGUUUACCUGUACAAAAGUAUAUAAAAGAACAUGAAGUUCGGCCAUUCAAUCGAUGACUCUCGAAAAAAAUAUCCAGAGAUUACAGAUGACGCAUUAGAAAAUCUGCAAAACUGGGCAAAAGCUCAAGAUCUACCCAAGAUUGCCGAGGAGCAAUUGGCGUUGUUCUUGCAUAGUUGUUAUUACAAUUUGGAGGAUACGAAACAAUGCAUGAAUGUUUACUACAGAAUGCGAACGACAGUUCCAGAAUUUUUUAAAGACAGAGAUCCUAGACUCAAGGAAUUUCAACAUUCUUUGAAAACCUUGGAGUUUGCAAUGCUUCCAAAAUCAGAUCCACAUGGCAACCGAAUAAUUUUUCAUCGACUGUCAGACACGCGACCGCAGCAAUACAUGUUCAACGAUAGCAUUAAGGCAUUUCUAAUGUCCAUCGACGCGGAUCUCUACUCAGAAGGUUGCUCGCCGGGAUAUAUAUUUUUGUUCGACAUGCAAGGCUCACGAAUCGGUCACUUAAGCAGAUUGUCGUUAAGUAGCAUUAGCAAAUUCUUCGAGUAUCUUCAGGAAGGUAUGCCGAUCAGGCUCAAGGCUAUUCAUGUAGUAAAUGCGGUCUGGUUCAUGGACAAGUUACUCGCGCUCAUCAAGCCCUUCAUGAAGCGAGAAGUUUAUGAAAUGAUUCACGUUCACUCCGGCGAAGUUUCCGAUGUGUAUCCUUACAUACCUCCGGAAUGUCUACCAAAUGAUCUUGGUGGGGAGUUGGAUUGCGUCGCAAACUUUCAUGAAGAACAUUCCAAAAAGUUAGAUCAACUACGGGAUUAUUUCCGAGAGGAGGAGAGUCUAUUUCGUAAUUAUUCGCCUGACACAACGAAGAAAGAGAGUAACGAUAACAUUAAUCAAAGUAGAACUACAGAGUGCGAAAGUUCAUCAUAAAGUUCAAUAAUAGCGGUGUUUUCAAUUAUAUUAAUCUACAUUAUCGGAAGUGUCAAUGGUGUGACUCAUGAAAAUAUUAAUAUCCUUCUACAGGAUACUUGGUGUAUAGUGAAUAGAUUAAUAAAAUACAUUUUGUAUAAAAUUAUAAUGUUGUUUAAUUCUCGCACGCGAUUUCUACAUU